CGCGAGUGGCUAACAGUACUAAAUGAAUUUGCAUCGAAGAUCAAGUCUCGAGAAUCCAUCGUCGGCGAGAGACGAGCGAGAGCUCGAAGAGGAAUCACUUGCCGUCCAGUGUCCAUUAAUUAUGUGGCACAGCAGUAUGAAGCCUCUACAAACGGUUUUUUUACUUGACAUGAUGGUAUUAGAUCCCAAGGCCACUAGUUUGCACAACGAUUACGGAAGUUUCGAUCGACCGUUGGGCGCCGGGGAGGGCCACGAGAGGGACGUUGAAGCGGCGGUUGAUGGAAGCAGCAGCGGGCUCUUGCCCGGCGCGCCGUUAUCCAAGAGUAAGGACAAGUGGUCCGGAGUGGCCUCGGGUUCAGACUACUACGAGGAUGAUGAGGACGAGAAGGAUAUCGAAGGUUUGGGCAGACAUCCUGGAAUACCGAAUGGUUCCAGCAGUGGCAUCGUUAAGAUCGACAUGCCGGCGCCGCUACGCGAAGAGCCACGUUUCCCCAAGGAAAAAUGGAAAACGUUUCUCGCAUUUCUUUUUAUGGUUGUAAACUUCAUACUGACGACGGCUUCCCUCGCAAUGGUACACGAGCGCGUUCCAGACAGAAACACGUACGGAUCACUUCCCGAUGUGGUACUAGACAAUGUCACUGCUCAGGAUUGGGCGCUUAACGUUUCGGAAGUCUUGAUUAUGAUCAUGUCCAAUUCCGCGAUGGUUUUUAUUAUUUUUCAUAAACAUAGAUUCAUAAUAGCUAGACGAAUAUUUCUGCUGAUGGGCUUGCUCUACAUGAUGAGAAGCGUCACAAUGUACGUGACGGUCUUACCGAUCGCCAGUAAAACUUACUAUUGUAGCCCGAAGGCGAACAAUACCAGUCCGCUUCUCGUGACAAAGAGAGUCUUGCAGCUCAUCUCCGGCUUCGGUUUGUCCAUUAAUGGCAAACACACUUAUUGCGGAGAUUACAUUUACAGUGGGCACACGGUUGUGCUUGUACUCAGUUACCUGAUUAUUAAGGAAUAUUCUCCAAGGAGAUGUCAACCGAUUCAUUGGUUAGCUGGUUUAGCGGUACUCGUCGGAGUAAUUAUGGUCUUGGUAGCUCAUGGCCAUUAUACCGUGGAUGUACUUAUAGCUUACUAUGUUACUACGCGUUUGUGGUAUAUUUAUCACACGCUAGCCAAUAAUCCAAAUCUCAAGCAAUACGGACCAAACAAUUUUUUGGCCCGACUCUGGUGGUUCUCUAUUUUCAAGUAUUUUGAGAAGAAUGUGGGCGGAACAGUGCCACGACAAUAUGACUGGCCUCUACCCUGGCCUCGACGGUUUCUUGCCAAGCACCCUAACCGGGAUAGUUAAUAUUUGUCUUGAUUUUGUAAUAGAGGCUGUUAAAAACAAAGGA